GAGAAACAGAUUUUUACAACAACAAAGUGAAGAGGAAUAUGCAAAAGCCGCCAGAACGCCCUCUCAAUUAGAUACCUAUAUGUCUGAAAAUCUCAACAUCAAUAAGGAAAUACUCAAUAAGUGGACCAGCAGAUUGGACCUUGACACUGAAGUCGACAAACAUUUAACGACAAACCGUCAGACAAACAGUCAACCAGAAAAUGUGAAUGAUAUACGAUCAGAAUUCAGAAAACUAGAACAGGAAUAUCACCAACAGAAAGCUGAAACAAACAACCUACUAGAGUUAGCAGUUCACGAAAGUCUAAACUCGGGGAAUGCCAACAAUGAGGCCUGGAAUAAAGUAAAACCUACAACAGCAGUUAUAUCCUCUGAAGAUGAAAUCCUUGAUUAUGUUGAAAUUAUUGAAGAUUAUCAAUGGGAUUUGGUAGAAAUCGAAAACAAAAUCAGAACAGAAAGAGAUGGAAGAGCUAGGCAGACGUUGCUACAAGAGAAAGAAGAUACCAAACGGCAAUUAAAAGAAAAUGAAGAACUAUUAAACAGACUUCUAAAUUCAAAGGGUAAAGUCGUUGGCAAGGCAUUUGCAGAGGAUGUGAAAGUAAAACAAAAAGGCACUCAGAGCAAUAAAGCAUUGGAUAACUUUUACUCCCAUUUAUGGGAUUUAAAACACAAAGUCAUUAACCUUGAAGUUCUAAGAAUUAAAUACUUAAAAACAAUGCCUAAAAAUGAAAGAAUAACUGAAAUGAAACGUGCCAUGGAUGAAGAAAUCAAAAAAUGAAUGACCUGAGACCAUUUCAAGGAGAUAAUCUGAAGAACACCGGACACCUAUUAUCCUCGUAAUGUUAACACAUAAACAUUCUUUCUUUAAUGUAGUUUUCUUAAAGAAUAUAUAUUAAACAUUCAAUUUCAUAAAUAA